GGCGAUCACAGCGCGACGUGAUCAUGGUCAGUUGGUCAGUUGGCGAACUACGUUCCACUCACUGCCGAGAGCCCGUGGACCCUCGCCUGUGAUGCUUUGUGGAAGAACACGGAGUAGAAAUAAAUUGCAGUAAAUAAAUUAGUGGAGAUAAAUCUGCUUUCUCUCAGGCCUGCAGUGCAACUCCCAGCUCCACGGGGGCAGGUGAGCGUUUAACCAAACGCAGGGCUUGACGCCAGCGACGAGCAGCCCUGACAGUCCUCCGCGACAGCUGCAGCGCUCAGCAGCUGCCUCCCGUCCCUUGUACCUUGGAUUAGCAAGACACCCGAGUCCCGCUUGAGGCCUUGCAGACGGCAGCUCUGCCUUUUGGAGAUGUGCGCUCUAGCCUCUGGGAGUCCUCCCCCGCCCGACCCAGCGUCUCCUCCGCAUCCCCGGCUCUGCCCCCUCAAGGCCAGUGUUGCCAUGCUGUGCUAGGCACUGUGGCCCAGGGCACUCCAGCCGGUUUGGGGGCAGCGUCUCUCCUUUAGAAAAGCCCCCGUGCAAAACAGGCACACUCCAUGUUACUGAUGGGAGCGCACAGUGGUGUAAUAACGCCUAUGGUGGGGAAUUUUGUGCUAUCGAAUUACCCAUGCAGUUGCCUCUUCUUGACCCAGCAGUUCUAUUUCUGGGAGUUUACGUCUGUACGAUGCUACUGAGAGCACCACUGUUUGUAAUGGAAGACUGGAAACCCCCAGUGCCCAUCAACAGGGGUGUGGUUAUAUAAAUGAUGGUACAUCCACAUAAAUGAAAUGCUAUGCUGCCAUUUAGACAAUGAGGACGUUUUCCAGCUCUGGCUCAGCGGAGCAGCCUCCAGCAGAGCCGCCCUGCUUGCCACGUCAGCUGCACCCUACCUGGUCUCAGCCUUGGAGCCCCCAGCCCAGCACCGCGCCCAGCAGAGCCACGGCCAGGCCCUGGAGGAGGCCGAGCUGGACCCGCCAGGCCAGUACCUCCCCACCCUCUCCUCUCCUGGCCGAACACCCGCGUGACCCCUGCCUGACCCUCUGAACCCCCUCUCAGCCCCUCCAGUCCUCGGACCGACCCUCUCUCCUCCUCCUAAGCCUCUGUAGCUUGGUCCCCCCCGCGCCCCGGGCUCCGGCCAUGAAGCCCCGCUCAGGGCCGGAGGAGGCCCAGCCGCCGGCCUCAGACAUCCGCGUGUUCGCCAGCAGCUGCUCGAUGCACGGCCUGGGCCACGUCUUCGGCCCGGGGGGCCCGAUGGCGCGCCGGGGGCUGUGGACCACAGCCGUGCUCCUGGCACUGGCCACCCUCCUCUACCAAGUGGCUGGGAGGGUGCGCUACUACAGGGAGUUCCACCACGAGACGGCCCUGGAGGAGCGUGAGAGCCGCUGGCUCACCUUCCCGGCCGUCACCCUGUGCAACAUCAACCCGCUGCGCCGCUCACGCCUCACGCCCAACGACCUGCACUGGGCCGGGCCCGCGCUGCUGGGCCUGGAGCCCGCCGAGCACGCCGCCUACCUGCGUGCCCUGGGCCGGCCCCCCGCGCCGCCCGGCUUCAUGCCCAGCCCCACCUUUGACGUGGCCCGGCUCUACGCCCGGGCCGGGCACGCCCUCGAGGACAUGCUGCUGGCCUGCCGCUACCGAGGCUGGCCGUGCGGGCCCGAGAACUUCACCACGGUCUUCACCCGCAUGGGGCAGUGCUACACCUUUAACUCUGGCACCGAAGGGGCAGAGCUGCUCACCACUCCCAAGGGCGGCAUGGGCAAUGGGCUGCAGGUCAUGCUGGACGUGCAGCAGGAUGAGUAUCUGCCCAUGUGGAGGGAUAUGGAGGAGACGCCGUUUGAGGUGGGGAUCCGAGUGCAGAUCCACAGCCAGGAGGAGCCGCCACUCAUUGACCAGCUGGGCUUCGGGGCGGCCCCUGGCUACCAGACUUUUGUGUCCUGCCAGAAGCAGCAACUGAGCUUCCUGCCGCCACCCUGGGGUGACUGCAGCUCUGUCUCUCUGGACCCUGACUUUGAGCCAGAGCCCUCUGGUCCUCUGGGUGCCCCCAGUCCCAGCCCAGGCCCCAGCCCUCCCUAUAGUCUAAUAGGGUGUCGCCUGGCCUGCGAGAGCCGCUAUGUGGCUCGGAAGUGCGGCUGCCGAAUGAUGCAUAUGCCAGGCGGCGCGCCGGUGUGCAGCCCCCACCAGUACAAGGACUGCGCCCACCCGGCGCUGGACGCCAUGCUGCGGAAGGACGCGUGCACCUGCCCCAACCCGUGCGCCAGCACGCGCUACGCCAAGGAGCUCUCCAUGGUGCGGAUGCCGAGCCGCGCCGCCGCCCGCUACCUGGCCCGGAAACACAACCGCAGCGAGGCCUACAUCGUGGAGAAUGUGCUGAUGCUGGACAUCUUCUUUGAGGCCCUCAACUACGAGACGGUGGAGCAGAAGAAGGCCUACGAAAUGUCGGAGCUGCUCGGUGACAUUGGGGGCCAGAUGGGGCUGUUCGUCGGCGCCAGCCUGCUCACGGUCCUGGAGAUCUUGGACUACCUCUGUGAGGUGUUCCGGGACAGAGUCCUGGGAUACUUCUGGAACCGAAAGCGCUCCCAAAGGCACUCCAGCGCCAACCUGCUUCAGGAAGGGCUGGGCAGCCAUCGAACCCCAGUUCCCCACCUCAGCCUGGGCCCCAGGCCUCCCACCCCUCCCUGUGCCGUCACCAAGACGCUCUCUUCCUCUCAACGCACCUGCUACCUCGUCACCCGGCUCUAGAUGGGGCGUCUGUGUCUUCAGGGCCGCACCCUGACAUCCUGGAUGUGGCCAGCCCACACGUGUCUUUGCCAC